AUGGCGACCAGAAGCACUGGGAUCUCAGGAGAAUUACAAGAGAGUGUGCGGAAGCUCUUUGGUUCGACAUUGGAGGUGCUGAGACGAGUGAGGAUCGAGACUCGGAAUGGUCGAUUUGAGGAGAAACUUCUGGUGCUGACAGCAUGGAGAUUGUGUCUCCUCAACGUGAAAAUUCCUGCCAAGAUUGAGAAUACGUUCAAUUUCCUGGAGAUUCGGAACCUGACCCCUGUGAAUCCGGAUCAGGUUGUCAUGGAAACAGAGAAGUCCACUUACUCAGUGAAUUUUUUCUCCUUGGAAGACCUGGACCAAGUGAUGAGUCACAUCAAUGCCUCCCUCAGCAAAAUCUUCCCAGCCUCACCCCCGUCUCUCAGUCAAAGAAGCACCCCUGAAUCACCGAACUGCCUCAAACACAGUCCUACGAGACAGGCAUCCAAAGGCUGUAAGCAGGCCUGCUGUGGUGGAUUCUCAGAGACCUACGCUGCUCUCUGUGACUAUAAUGGGGUUGCUUGUCGGGAGGAGGUACAAUGGGAUGUUGACACCAUCUAUCACUCUCAGGACACCCGACACUUCAACAUUCUCGAUUUCAGCCACUUGGGUAGCCGUGACCUGGCCCUGAUCGUCGCAGCUCUGGCAUACAACCAAUGGUUCACAAAGCUCCAGACACGGGAUUUGAAACUGGGUUCAGAGGUGAUUGAGCAGGUUUUACACACAGUGAGCAGAUCCAGAACCAUUGAGGAGCUUGAGAUGGAGAACACAGGACUGAAAGUGGACUUUGCUUUGAAGUUGGCUGCUGCUCUUGCGGAGAACCCGUUCCCAGCCCUGACUGCACUCAACCUCGCCUCAAACCCUCUGGAGGACAAAGGUGUCUACGCUUUGAGUCAGUUCUUGGUGAGCCAUCACAUGGGGUUAAAGCGUUUGAACCUCUCCAGGACAUCCCUCACUCUGAAAGGUCUGGUCCCUCUCGCUCAGAUGCUGAACAAUGGACAUAACUUCACCAACACGCUGACCCACUUGGACCUCAGCAGGAACCCUGGCAUGUUGGCUGGAGACGAUGCUGUGAAUUUGUACAAUUUUCUUGCCCGACAAAAUGUCUUAGUCGAUCUGAAUCUCGCUGGGACCGAUUGUGCUAUUGAUGUUCUGUUUGGUGCUCUGCUUCAUGGAUGCUGCACUCACUUGAGCCACCUUAACCUCUCGAACAACAACUUCUCACACAAGAAAGCCAAGGAAACGCUCCCCUCGUUCAAGACUUUCUUCAGCUGCAGCUUCUCCCUCGGACACGUCAACUUCUCCGGGACCAGAGUGCCGGCCGAGGCCCUCAGUGCCUUAUUCCAGGGCCUCAGUGUCAACACUCACGUGACCGACCUCCACCUCAACCUCAGCGGCUGUGAGCUGAGAGCGAACGGAGCCACAGUCAUCCGAGAGAACAUCGGGGCGAUCGGCAACAUCACCAGACUGGACAUUUCGGACAACGGGAAGUGA